GCAUGUGUGUUUAAUUCCAUUAUAAGAACUAGCAGUCAUAAAAUGAAACUAGUCAAAUGAAAACUAUGAGAAGGCAACUCUUUUUCUCAAAGUGACAAACUCAUUUCCCCACAGGAAACUGAUAGUUUAGCCAGAUUUAAACAGAGACUGGAGAAAUCCUUGGAGGAAACAUGUAGCUCUUGAGCACAUCAGUUAGCAGCACCACCUCUGAAUCAGAUCUUAAUUCUGAAAAGCUCGGGGACUUGUCAGCCGAGGGGGCCGCAAGGGGAAACGCCGCCGAAAAUGGCCUCGUUCCAUAUCCGCGCCGCGCGCCCAGAGGACUGCCCGGAUCUACUGCGCCUCAUCAAGGAACUAGCCAAGUAUGAGGACAUGGAGGACCAAGUUGUACUGACCGAGAAAGAUCUCCUGGAGGAUGGCUUCGGGGAACACCCGUUCUACCACUGCCUAGUGGCAGAAGUGCCCAAGGAAGCAUGGACGCCAGAAGAACAUUGUGUUGUGGGUUUUGCCAUGUAUUACUUCACUUAUGACCCAUGGAUUGGAAAACUGCUGUAUCUUGAAGACUUCUAUGUGAUGUCUGACUACAGAGGGCUUGGCAUUGGUUCAGAAAUUUUGAAGAAGCUGAGUCAGGUUGCUGUUAAAAGUCGCUGCAGCAGUAUGCACUUCCUGGUGGCAGAAUGGAAUGAACCUUCCAUCAGCUUCUAUAAGAGAAGGGGUGCCUCGGAUCUGUCAACUGAGGAAGGGUGGAGACUUUUCAGAAUUGACAAAGAAUACUUGUUGAAAAUGGCAACUGAAGAGUGAAAUUGUUCCAGCACGUAACAAAUCCUAUCCGCAAAUUAUACUUUGAAUAAACUCUUGCCUUAUUCUUGCUUUGUGUACAGUCUGUAGUGAAAUAAAUAGCACAAAUGUUCAAGAGCUUUACCAGUGCUGAGAGUAGUAGGAUAAUAGCUACUGUACCCCAGAGCUGACACAGCUGUGAAGGCCGGUUUCUCUGCUUGUUACACAUCUUUUACUAGUGUGGGCUUGUGAUCUUUAAAUAUAUAUUUGAAUAAAACUUCAUUCUUGUAAGUGUAAUGCAAAUGUGUACAAUGUACACACGGGUAGGGUUUGUUUCAACUUCAUUUUAUAAAAAUAUAGUAUUUUCAUGUUGGUUUUGUGUGUGUAAAAAUAAAGUAGUUUUCUUCACUGUG